CAAAUGGAGUUGCAGCCGCCACAUUUCGCUGCUUCUGUUCCUGCAGACAGCAGUUAGCGCACCUCUGCAGCUUUUUCUUUUCUUUAUAAAAAAAAAACAAACCAAAAAAAAAAACAAAAAACAGCAUUUUAAUUUUUCCUCUUUCCAUUCCAGGCGCUGUUGCGACUAUAAACAGUCAAAUAUUAAAUCAGCGCUGAGCCUUCGACAGUCUACCGCCUGGAUUAUAAACAGCGAGAGCAUUGCAACAAUCAAGGACAUGCAGAAGAAAGGGCAGUGAGGAGGAUGGCAGUCGAAGAAUAAGAUACGGUCAGACCACGGAGGAGGAGUGAGAAAGUGGCUGAAGUAAGAGGAGGAAGAAGAAGUCCAAAGUGCCUACUGCGAGGAGUCGUCUGUUGUCUGACCCCGCUGAGCUGCAGUGCAGAGCUCACUGCGCGUUCAGUCUUGAAUGGAAACUAUAUUUUAUCUUUCCAGUCAUCCAUUCCACAUUGCUGCGCUGCAGUCUGUACAUACCCGGAGAGCCGCCAUCUCUCCUCAUCAGCACAAGGACAUCAUUCUAUAAGGUUCUGCUUUUUAUUUCCUAUGAAAUAUCUUGUCUUGGGAGCUCUGCUGUGACCGACUCAGCCUUGGAGAUGUUGACGUGAGUGUAACGCUGAGUUACGGUGGUCAUUGGUGGACGUGGGGGCCACUGACAUUCUGAGACAGACGCAGUCAUCACAGUGCCUCUCUCUCUCUCUCUCUCUCUCUCUCUCUCUCUCUCUCUCUCUCUCUCUCUCUCGCUGGAGUAGUGUCUUGUCAUAAAUACAUAAACAACAGUCAUGUCCUCAGAUGAAUUUGUGUUCUUUUAAACAGGCAGAGCUGGCCUCUGCCCAAAGUCGAGGGCCGACAUAUCACACGCCCUCCAGUGAAACCUCAGCUGCCAUUCUUCCCAGGUAGAACUAAUAACCCCCACCCACCCACCGAAAGUAAACCAACCAAAAGGACUCACUGAUCGGUUCUGUCAAGGAAACGGAAAUAUUUUUACUCCUUGCAUGCUUUACUGGGGAUUUUUUUUCUGCAGAAUCAUUUUAGUUAACCUUGCACUUAGGCAGUUUUCCACCUCCCCCUGCUGCCGCUUGGGGUUUUGUGAGUAGCUGUGAUGGCUGUCAGUAUGGCCAUGGGACGGGACACCAAAUGGCUGACCCUCGAAGUGUGUCGCGAGUUCCAGAGAGGAACCUGCUCACGGACUGAUGCUGAGUGCAAGUUCGCCCACCCUUCCCGGAGCUGCCAUGUGGAGAACGGCCGAGUCAUCGCCUGCUUUGACUCACUCAAGGGACGCUGCACGCGUGACAACUGUAAAUACCUGCACCCACCUCCACACCUGAAAACCCAGCUGGAAAUCAAUGGGAGGAACAACCUGAUCCAACAGAAGGCCGCAGCAGCCAUGUUGGCCCAGCAAAUGCACUUCAUGCUGCCCGGUGCACAACUGCAGCCUAUACUCUCUCAGACAACAUUCCCUGUAACGCCCUCCUUGGCAACGAGUCCCAGUAUGGCAUUCAGUCCGUAUCUGAGCCACAUGGCCCCAGGCAUGGGCUUGAUGCCUGAACUGCUGCCCAGUACUCCCCUGCUGGUACCUGGAAGUCCCACCGGCCUGGCAACCAUGGACAACGGCACCUCCACACAAAAACAUGUGCGCACAGACAAGUUGGAGGUUUGCAGAGAGUUCCAGCGUGGUAACUGCACACGCGGGGAGAGUGACUGCCGCUACGCUCACCCCCUGGAGGCUGGUAUGGUGGACUGCAGCGAGAACUCCGUCAUUGUCUGCAUGGACUACAUCAAGGGUCGGUGCAGCCGGGACAAGUGCAAGUACUUCCAUCCCCCCGCCCACCUGCAGGCCAGGAUCAAGGCUGCACAGCACCAGGCUUGUCAAAACGCCACCUCUGCAGCCUUGUCUCUGCCACCAUCAGCCGUGCAGACGCUACCAAAGAGGCCCGUCUUAGAGAAGAGUAAUGGAUCUGCUGCAGUCUUUAACCCCAGUGUGUUCCACUACCAGCAAACCCUGACUAACAUGCAGCUUCAGCAGCCGGCCUUCAUCCACACUGUUCCCAUGAUGCACGGUGCAACCACCUCCACUGUUUCGUCGGCCUCGACACCAGUCACCAAUGUUCCUUUUGCUGAAUCUGCUGCCUCGAAUCAGAUCCAACAGAGCUCCUGACUGCUGACCCAGUGGACCUGCAGUGUGUUCCCAUGGAAACACAUUUCUGCCCAGUUCCCAAACUAGUGGUGGCAGCGCCGAUGGGGUUAAACUCUGUAAGCCUUUCCCGAAACCCCAGUUAAACUCCUAUCAACCAUCCUCUGUCUGCCCCAGAAGCCCGUGUGCUCCCGUGGAGCCUUCUUACUGAAUGCAGCACAUAUGUGCCUAAACAACAGUGCACACUGAGUGAAUGGAGUGUUGUGAAAGUCCACGAGGCAGCAUUAGCUGACGCAAUACAAACCCGGACAUAUUAUAGCUGCUUUAAAGAAGCUAUCCUGAUGUGUCAAGAAGGAAAUUUCAGGCUGAGCAAUAGAGCUCCUUCUCUUUUACAGCCAUACAUGCCCACACCUUAAAAACGCUGAAAACUAUGCGUGCACACACAUUUGACAGAAACAACCGUUUAGGGAUUGGAGCCAUUAUUAUGUACGGUGACCCAACGACAGCAGUUCUGACAAGAGCAAAGGCAAAGCUUAUACUGGCCUGCAGAAAUCAUGAAAGUGUUUCAUUAUCAUGAUUAUGUUUCAAGAUAAUUAAUCAAAAUGAGUUGUGUCAUGUGUGACAGGCAAGUUCUUUUCAUGGUCCAUACUCUCAUCUUACCUGAAGAAGUGUGUCUUUUGUAAUCUAUUUGUUUGUGCCUUUGAUUUUUCUGCUUGGCAGCAGAGGGGAUUGGAUUUCCAAUUUUUGGCAUGCACUCUUUUUGGAAUGAGUGAUUGCUCAAACGUGAUGUCAUGUGCAAUUAAAGAGACAUACAAUACUGUACUUUAGCUUAUAUCAUGGAAGUGUAUGGAUGGAUAUAUACAUAUAUAUAGUACUGUGCAAAAGUUUUAGGCACAUUUCAUGCAUAAUGGAAGCAUUAAAAA